AUGGUCAGAGACUGGCCGAGGGACAAUUUCCCUCGCCACCACUCCUACUUAUCCGACCGGUUUGUUGGUGAUGGGGUCGAAGAUGGCCGCUUCCCGGAGGUUCAGGAAAUGCACCGCCGACAACCCCCAAUUCAAAUUGACGAAGCCCUUCGCCAGCACUGUGCGAUUGCGGCAAGACGAUAUUUUGUUGCUGUGAUAAUGGACGACGGGAGCCCUAUGACCUUCUCUGGUCCCGGUACUUCGACGAAACUCCCCGGCGAUGUUGUGAAGCAAUUCUUUGAUCUCGACAAAUACCAGAGAGUUAUGGAACGAUUGGACUCCGGAGCGAGCCCUGUUGUCGAUGAUGCCUUCGGGUUUGACAGCAGCUAUAAGCAAGUCAUGGACUUCCCACGGAACCGCCUACAGGAUCGCCGCAGACUAUCUAACUUUGACGACUGGGAGGCGCCAACACGACCAGGCCGCAAGAGACCACGAGCACGCCACCCCAUCAAUGACGAGGAAGAGAUGCCCAUGACUGUUUCGACAACGCUUAAAGGCAUCAAGAUCGGCAACUCGGAUGACGUCUGGAACUUUUACGAACAGCGAUUCAAGAACUGUCAGCAGACUGCCUGCAAGCUGAUCGCCAAAGCAUGGGUGAAGGCCGUGGAGCCAAAGAAGCAGUCGACGCACCCCUACACGGGCAGUGACGAGAAAGCUCCUGACUGGUGGCCUAAGCCAUGGGGUCCUACCAAGGAGGAUAAAGUUCGUCACAAGGAGCCGGAUCACCUCUACAAACGAGAACGAGUGCAUCUUCUCAACCACAUCCUCAGGAUGAUUGUGGAGCCCAACAGCAGACAGCAUCCAGACAUCCAGAAGCUGAAUCUCAACGUCAAGAAGCUUGAAGAGAUUACAAUUGAAGCGCUGUCGGGCUUCUUUGCCGACAAGGAGAACCCAGCCAACGCGAGGAAGCGGCCGUACUUGAACGAGAUCUUCAAGGUGGCUAAGCAAGAGGAACGAUACAAGAAUGAUGAAAUUGAUGGGACAAUGGAGAUAUAUGUGAUGGCGGACGACAAGAUCCCCGAGACGUAUGCAUCAGGAAACGACGACGAGGGAUCCAUCCCCAAGGACGAGGAAGAUCAGGACGCGCCAUCAACCAAGCUCUCGACAGUGCAUGGGCUUAUGCCGUCGUCAACCACUCACAGCCACAGCUCUGGUCCGUCGUUGCAUGGGACACCCUUCCUUGACAACCUGCCAGUGCGAGGCAACCAAUACCCUCCUUCUAUGAUGCCAGAGAUGCCGCAGGAGCAGCACACAUUCGUCGAGGGCAGUAACCUGCCAGUCAACAGUCAGUCCUCGGUUCACUCGACCGGAGGAAGCCUCGCUAUGGACAUGGGUGUACCUCCUCCAGCCCAUGAUUCAGGCCGCCGCUCCUCCAUCUUUAGCGCUCCAGCAGAGUACGGAGGACAGAACGGAUCGACCAUGUAUGCGCAACAGUGGCAGCAACCCGGCUCCACGGCGCCCAACGCAUCAUCCAUGUACACGUUUACGCAGCAGCCAGCCAACCCCUCUGCAUCAGCAUUUGUGAACCCCGCGGUUCCCAUGAAUCAGACGCAGCCGUACAUGGGUGCCUCGUUUGACGGACUCCCGCGCGGAUACGAUCCGAACCAACCUCCGAUAUUCCGCUCCGGAGCCGUACCACAGCCUCCGCAGGUACACGCCACGCAGGGCUACGACUACAUAGCUCACGACAACCGAGGGCUUCCCGGCGUGAAAGUGGACGAUGUGCCACGAAACCCGAUGCACUAG